AUGACGGGGCACGAGGACGACGUGAGAGGGGUGUCGGCGUCAGGAGACGGGAGGCUGGCAGCGACGUGCAGCUUCGACAGGAGCGUGCGAGUGUGGGACCUGGAGCAGGGGCGGGAGGUGAAGGCGAUGACGGGGCACAGCGACAAGGAGGUUCUUGCAGUAUCGGUGACAUGGGACGGGGGGCGGGCGAUCAGCGGGUCGGUAGACGGGACGGUGAGGAUCUGGGAGGUAGCGACGGGGAGUCAGGUGGCCAAGUGCACGGGGCACAGCGACUGGGUGCUGGGGGUAUCGGUGACAGGGAACGGGUCGCUAGCGGCGUCGUGCAGCCGGGACGGGACGGUGCGGCUGUGGACGCUGUCAGGGAAGGAGGUACGGAAGAUCCAGCACACGGGGGAGGUGUCUUGCGUGGCGCUUCUACCGGACGGGGGGCGGGUGGUGAGCGGGCAGGGGAAGCAGGUGCUGGUGUGGGACUGCAACAGCGGGAAGCAGGUGAAGGCGCUGAGCAAGCACACGGGAGCAGUGCGGUGUGUAUGCGCGAGCCCGGGGGGAGAGAGGAUCGCGUCAGGGUCGCAGGACCUCACGAUCCGGGUGUGGGACAUAGGGAGCGGGCGGUGCGAGCACGUGAUGACGGGGCACGAGGACGACGUGAGAGGGGUGUCGGCGUCAGGAGACGGGAGGCUGGCAGCGACGUGCAGCUUCGACAGGAGCGUGCGAGUGUGGGACCUGGAGCAGGGGCGGGAGGUGAAGGCGAUGACGGGGCACAGCGACAAGGUGUUCGGGGUGUGCAUUGCGGGGGGCGGGGGGACGGUGGUAUCUUGCUCUUGGGACAUGUCAGUACGGGUGUGGGACGUGGAGUCAGGGGAGAGCCUGCAGGGUCACGAGAAGGAGGUUCUUGCAGUAUCGGUGACAUGGGACGGGGGGCGGGCGAUCAGCGGGUCGGUAGACGGGACGGUGAGGAUCUGGGAGGUAGCGACGGGGAGUCAGGUGGCCAAGUGCACGGGGCACAGCGACUGGGUGCUGGGGGUAUCGGUGACAGGGAACGGGUCGCUAGCGGCGUCGUGCAGCCGGGACGGGACGAUCCGGGUGUGGGACAUAGGGAGCGGGCGGUGCGAGCACGUGAUGACGGGGCACGAGGACGACGUGAGAGGGGUGUCGGCGUCAGGAGACGGGAGGCUGGCAGCGACGUGCAGCUUCGACAGGAGCGUGCGAGUGUGGGACCUGGAGCAGGGGCGGGAGGUGAAGGCGAUGACGGGGCACAGCGACAAGGUGUUCGGGGUGUGCAUUGCGGGGGGCGGGGGGACGGUGGUAUCUUGCUCUUGGGACAUGACUCUUUUUUGCUGGGUUUGGGACCUUGAUAGUGGACUUUGCAAAGGAACUCUGUUGGGUCACAAUGAUGAUAUCAGAUCGGUUUGUGUAAGUGAUGAUGGCAAACUGGCUGCAAGCUGUAGUUUUGAUAAGACCAUAAAGCUAUGGAACUUGGAUAGAAAUUGUGAGAUUGGGACAAUUCGAGCGCAUGAAGAUAAAAUAUUUGAUCUAGAGAUGACGCCCGAUGCAAGGUUUGCAGUAUCUUGUUCUUGGGACCUCACCGUUCGCGUCUGGGAUCUG